UUUAUCAAACCACUUUCACUCACAUGUUUUCAUGUUCAUGUAUUUUUCUGUAGAAAAUAUAGUAGAAAUGUAUUUCUUCGAUAAAAUGUUGAUUGUAUGUGAUGAUUAUGUGAUGAUUGUGUUUAGUGAUAAUUUGAAUACCUCGUAACUGUAUUACUUCUCGUGAAAUAUCAAUAUAUCAUCUAUCGAAAUGGCGUCCCAAUCGCGACGUAAUUCAAGACCUCGUCGGACUUUGAUCCGACGAACCUACGUGAUCGAAGAAGAAAGUUUCUUCACCAAUGACUCUGAUUCUGAUUUUGCGCCGAACAAAACCACAAAUUAUGGUAACACUUCCGAUACAUCGGAUGAAGAUUCUCCCGUCCAAAAGUGCCCAAAGAAAACGAAAAUCGAUCCGAAGAAGAGAAACACUGCUCAUUCGACGCAAGAUUCAACCUCCGCCUCGAGUCAAGAUUCGUUAUUUGAUAAAUCUAAACGUCCGAGUAAACAAAAACCGUCGGGAAAAGGCGUUAAAAAGAAUGAAAAACCAGUUCCAAAAGAAACUUUCGUACAAAGUCGAUCUCAAGUACCAGUUUUCGUUAAUGAAAAUGAAGAAGAGUCCGACUCGAGUUUAUUUUUUACCGAUGAAAUAAGCGAAGCUUCAACUAUAUUGAAAGAACAUCCCGAAUCGUUACGUAAAAGCUCUCUGUUAAAGAAACCUCACGUAGAUUUGAGCCAAAAAAAAGGCACAACCAAGUCUGUGAAAAGAAAAGAUCUUAGUGCGAGUCGCAAAGCUGUUAAAAAAAUCAAACUCAACGAGUCGGAUGACGUAGAAUACAUACCAGAUCCGAUCGAGUGUAUCACCAUUGAAUCGGAUACUCCUUCCGAUUUCGAAGCUACUCCUGUACGAAGCUGUGGCAUUAAAAUCAAAACCGAGAGAAAAUCUUCUCCGCUUGUAAUCGAUAAAGUAAAGAAAGAAAAAUCUCAAGAAAUUAAAGCUUCGGUGAAAUGUGAAAAAAAUGAACGAGCGCAGUCUUCGACUCAAAUCACUAAUUAUCGAGUUGAAUCUGAGGAAGACAAUUCCACGACCAAUGUUCCUCUCGUCAAGAAAGAGAGAGACGAUGAAAAACCGGUGACUUCUCGAGUAAAAUCAGAAAAGAUGAAUUCCUCGACAACAGCUGUUCUUAACGUUAAAAAAGAAACAGUUGAAAAAUUAACUAUUCAAUCGCAAUUAAAACCGACUCUUAAAAGUAAAUAUGUGCCAAAUCUUAAUAUAAAAACUGAAAGACGAGUCAAGACUGAAGUAGAUUCCUCUACGAGUAGUGAUGUUGUUGAAAAAAGUCAGAAAAGUCAGAAAACAUUGGGAACCAAUCUCAAUAUAAAAACUGAAAGACGAGUCAAGACUGAAGUUGAUUCUUCUGCGAGGAGUGAUGUUGCUGAAAAAAGACAGAAAAGUCUGAAAACAUUGGGAACCGGUAUAGAAUGGGAAUCUCAAAUGCUCGCAGAUUUAAUGGAAUUAGAUUUCUUCUUAGCCAAGAAUAUUAUCGGUUUAUUCGAAAACGAUUGUACUAUUCCUUUUAUCGCUCGAUACCGACGUGAAAAUACUAAUAACAUGGACGCGGAUCAACUACGACAGGUCAAAAGUGCCUACGAAUACAUCAAAUCUUUGCAAAAGAAAGCCAUAACCGUAUUGAAAAAACUCGAAACAGAUGGCAAAUUGACUGAAACUUUGGAAACCAGUAUUUCCCACGUUAGAAGUAUCGAAGAGUUGGAAUACAUUUACGCUCCGUUCAAACAAGCUUCUUCGAAAUCAAAAGCUGAGAAAGCUCGUAAUUUAGGUUUAGAAGAGCCAGCUUUAAUGGUAUUGAAUGGUAACGGAGAAUUCCUGCCUACGAGUUACGUUGAUCCUACAAAAAAAGGUGUUAAAAAUGUCGAAGAUGUUCUACAAUCUGUACAACACAUAAUGGCGGAAAUAUUCGCCAAAGACGAAGCGGUUUUGGAUUUUAUACGUAAAAUCGAAAGUCAGAUUCCAAUCUUGAUUAAAAGCUCCAAAAAGAAAGGAGACGAUGUUGACGACGAAAAUGGAAAAUUUCGUAUCUACUACGAUUUCAAAAAAUACGUCAGAGAUUUGCAAUCUCAUCAGAUUUUAGCGUUAAAUCGAGGAGAAAAUUUGAAAAUAUUGUCGGUGAAAAUGGUAGUCGACGAUUCGUUUCAAGAUAAAUUGUAUAGAUUCUGCAGCAACAAGUGGCUUCGGUAUGGCAGAGGUUAUCCUUUAAGAGGGAAAAUGUUCGAGGAUAGUUUUAAAGAUUCGUACUCAAGACUGAUUUGUCCUCUCCUUAUACGUCGUACUAAAGCUCAAUUGACUCGUAAAGCUCAGGAAACAGCUGUUGAAAACUUUGCUCUGAAUUUGAAAAGUUUAUUACAAACUCCACCGGUCAAAGGUUGCUCAAUUUUAGGAAUCGAUCCUGGUCUUCGACAUGGUGUGAAAUUCGCGUUGAUUUCUAGCCAAGGCGAUGUACUCUGGACCUGUAUUCUAAACUUUGACUGGAAUACCCCGGAUUCUCACAAAAAUCAGCAAAAUAUGAAUACAAUCAAAAGAAAUAUGGUACAGCACAGAUGCGAAUUUGUCGCAAUUGGAAACGGUACCGGUUCAAGAGAAAUAGAAGCUAUGAUAAGUCAUUACUUGAAAAAAAAAUUUUUUGGUCCGGAAUUAAACGUUAGCUACACUUUUGUAAACGAACGAGGCGCGUCUAUUUACAGUUGUAGCUCUAUAGCAAAAGAAGAGUUCCCAAAUUUAGAUCCUAAUUUAAUCAGCGCUGUUUUUAUUGCCAGAAGUUUGCAAGAUCCUUUAAGCGAAUUUGUCAAAGUUGAACCGAAACAUUUAGGAGUCGGAAUGUAUCAGCACGAUAUGCCCGAAGUUCGAUUAAAUCAAAGCUUAGAUGAGGUUGUAAUGGAAUGCGUUAGUUUUACUGGAGUUGAUUUAAACACAGCUUCCAUUUAUUUGCUCAAACGAGUUUCCGGUUUGGGAGCUACGAAAGCGUCAAACAUAAUUAAAUGGAGGCAGGAGAACGGGCCGUUCAGAAAUCGUGUACAAUUAAGUAAAGUAAAGAUGAUCGGCCCGAAAACUUAUGAACAGUGUUCGGGAUUUUUACGAAUUCAUCCGCAAACCUGCAGCGUUCCACCGGAGAACUUAAAAAAGAAAGGAGUACCCGGUAACGACGAUUAUAACCCACUGGAUAGCACGUGGAUUCAUCCAGAAUCGUACAGCAUCGCGUAUCUCUUCAUCGGGCACUGCGAUUCCAACGUUACGGAUCUAGGAACAACGACUUUUAUUGAGAGAAUCAAAAGAGUAGUUCAGUUGAAAGGAUUGAAGACAAUCGCUGACAUUUUAGGCCAAUCAGAGAGCACUAUUUCGCUCAUAUACGACGCUUUAAUCAAACCGAGCAAUUACGAUUAUCGAUCUCAAUUCUCAAAACCAGUUUUCAGUACAGGUCUUCGUGGUAUAGAAAGUUUAAACGUGGGCGAUAUUUUACAAGGAGUCAUUUCUAACGUUGUGGCAUUUGGAGCUUUUGUAGACAUCGGUGUUGGCAAAAGUGGUCUAAUACACAUCAGUAACAUGAAUCGGAUGAAAGUUCAAAUAGGCGAUAGAGUCGAAGUGAGAUUAUUAACCAUCGAAAAAGAUUCAGGCCGUAUUGGGUUGUUUUUAGUGAACAAAAAUUAAUACGUGAAAAGAUACGAUAACCUUUAAUUCGCCUAGGUAUUUAUAAAUUAUAAUACAAUGAAAAAUAAUUAACAAUGAUAUGGGAUUCUCGUUCAACGAUUCCCAUCUGGAAAGUAAGGGAUUCAAAGGAGGGAGAGAAAUUAUAUAUUUUCAGUCUUCUCGAUUAUCUCGUCGAUAUGAACACAUACGCUUAACAUUUCUCCAACAGAAGGGCGAUACCUUGUCCUCCUCCGAUACAAGCCGAUCCAAUUCCCAGUUUUUUAUUUGUUCUCCUAUAAAAGUGAUAUUAAUUUAAGUUCAUUGGUUACCAAUGAAAAAUAUCUUAAGUGUACUAUUAUAGUUGAUUUGAAUAAAAUGAUUCGAUGUUUA